AUGGCGCGAAGGAGCAGUAGCCAAGCUGCUGCAGGUGGGGCCGCCUCCGCUGUCACCUCGGGUUCCUGUCCAGGCAUUUCGGCGGCCCGCAAGCCAUCAGCCUCAACGAUCGGCUUUUCCGCUCCCUGUGGCACCCACAAUUGCCCAGCCUGUCUCAAAGCAAAUCGGCUCAAGCUUUGUAGCUGCGGUUUGGUCCAGUUCUCUCGCACGUUGUUUUGCAAACAAUGCGGUGCUUCGUUGCGGGACACCGCGAGCCAUGGUAGUGCCACGCCCGAGGUGCCCGUCAUCAUCAGUCGGCGAAGCUACAACAACUGGCGCAAAAAACUGAUUGAACGCGUCACUCAGAUUGGCGCCGAAUUGGAUAGCAUGCGCGAUUGCAUGGCAGGCGAACCUGUUUUGUCUGUGCAAAUUCACAUGCCCAGCUACCGUGAUGCCGGUGCCGUGCCCGAACCCGAAUCCGAGUCACAGGACGAGCCACGCUCAACCCGGGACACCCGCACCCAGGUUUUUCUAUUUGGUGGAGGGCACGCCAAUCUCCUGGCCCCUCAUCACUUCCAUCGCGACGAUGGCCUUGUCUGCAUUGCUGGUCACCACGAUGCGACCGAAGCCAUGCACCCUGUUCAUCGCGCACAGCUUCAAGCCCAGGGAACGUCCCCACGCGAUACCGACAGCAAGCUGCAAUUGGCCUUUGAAAACUUCAUUUAUCAGUUUGAGAACGACAUUGGGCGCUUCACCAACGUUCGGCGCACCCAGCGCAGCAAAAAACACUUUCAACGCAAGACUUACCGUGACCGUAACGGUGCCGCCCGAACGCACAACGCUCAACCACCCACUCGAACGACGACCAACAGUGCCCUCAGCUUGCUCUCCCGUCCCGGUUCAGCAACAGGCUCCCGUCCCGGUUCAGCAACAGGCUUCCGUCCCGGCUCGUCGCUGCAAACCUUCUCCUCUAGCCAGGCCCCGACCCAGAGCUCCCGUCCCGAGUCAGCCAUCAGCCAGCGCCCCGUGGGCCUGGCCACGUUCACCAACGCCCUCCGCCCUGCUGCCGGCAACAAGCACGCAGCAUCCCUGAACCGCUUCGAUCCCACGGCAGCGGAAGCCUUGACCCGAUCCACCUCCCUGCCAGCCUGGCCUACACACAAUACCCUUGUGUCUGAUCCACCCCCGCCCCUUGAUAUCGCUCAGCCCGCCGUCCUUCGAAGCAAUGCAGCAGGAUCGCUGCACCACCAAAACACCGCCGUAAACGCGCCUCAGCCCGCCCACGGCCCCGCCAAUCCACCCCCUUUGGAAGAACACUUGGAACCGGACAGCCUGGACCCGCCUGUUGCUCCUCCCUCCGUGUCCCUCAUCUCGCCUAGCUUCCAAGGCAGCUUUUUCGCCUACCAGCGCUCCUCGGGCAACGUUGCGUUGGUGGACCCUAAAACCGCUGGCCUCAGCGCAGCCUCAUCGACCAAUCACGAUACCUCGCCGCCCGCUGCGCUGCCCCUCUCCUCAACCCAGCCCCAUGAUGAAACACAAGCCCAGCCCAAGCGAGCCAAACGCACACCUUUGCAGGCUCGCAAUGCCAACGUACCAGAUCAGCCUGCCAAUGUCUUUGCUGCCUCGUGUCCGACAACCGGCCACCUGGAUCACGGUCAGGAUCCUAAUCAAGGCUUGAUAGCCCACGCACACAAUGAGGACAUGGAUGUGGUUCUGAGCCAUUCGCUCGGGCCCGUGACAGGGACCGCGGACUCUGCCAUGUAUGAUCUUGAGACGGCGCAGCUUGGGGCCGCCUGGGCGCCGGCCUCCCUCCAAAAGGCUCUUCUCAAGGCGGAUGAGUUUGCUUUAAUCACCCCUGCCCGCUUCCGCCAGUUGCAGCAGCAGGCGGGUGCCGCGAGCUACGACAAUCCCUCCACUUGGUCUCCCUUAAUCUUGGCGACGCCGGCCGUGCUGGCAUACCGUCGUACCCUCCAGGUACACGCGGACGACGAUGAAGCCGAGCCCCUGAACGAUAUCCGAACGCGCUUGGACUUGGACGAAGAACCAACGCCCACGUCCACCUCAACGCAGAUUACCCCGUCCUUUCAUGCAUGA